AUGCACAUGCUGACAUCUGUUGCUUCUAGACAUGCUCCAAGAAUCAGUUUCUUUUUGCCUUUCCAUGAAUACAUCCACAUCAUUGCCUCUGAUAUUUUGUCAUAUGCAAGCAGGGGCAAAGGGAACUACACAGAAGCAGCAAUGGAUGAAGGGAUGGAGCUCAAGGGGUGCGUUUGCCGGAUCAAGAGCUGCGCCGGCCAACUUCUGUCGAUGGAGGAGGAUCUGGUGACUGAUCUGGACGAUGACUCAUGGGACUUGGUCUGGAGGGACCUCCGCCUGAAGGCUACCUUCUUGUACAUUGAUCUGAGCCGUGUGAUCUCCCGAAGUGAGAACGAUGAGCGCAGGAAGGCGCUCACCCUUCUCGCCAACAAAUUCUUCUACUGCACGGAUGAGCUAUGCGAUGCGGUGACGAGCCGAAGCGUCCCCGUCGUGAAGAUGUGCUACAACGACACCGCUCAGGCUCUCCGUGAGUUGCUCGCGGCCCUUGCGCCGCCGCAGUAG